AGCAGCAUGAAGACCCACGGCCCCUACAACAGCACAACAACAAUAAUCAAGAUCGACAACGAGCUCAAGCAGGAGGACACGGCCGCUCUCGUAGCCUUUUUUUCUUUCCUUUUUGCUUGCAUACUGUUGGGCACAUUUGUAUAUUAUGGAUCGUGGUGCCGCAUGCACCUCCGGCGGGUCUGCAUCUACCCCUUACAAAAGCUGUGCUGCGAGAAAGGCAGACGGCAGCUCUGGGCGAGACAUCGCGAAGCCGUGAUCCGACACGACAAGCGCCUCGCGGACGAAGCGCCUUUGAUUAGUGAGGAGGACGACCCGCUCGAGGCGCAGCUCGAUACCUUAGUUGGGUUAGAACCUUUAAAAGAUGAAAUACGGGCGCUCCGACGAUCUCUCGUGGUCGAGCAACAGAGGCAGACGGUGCUCCAACUCCACAAGGAUUCGAAAGUGCAGGCGCCCCACUUGGUGUUCAAGGGCAGCCCGGGCACGGGCAAGACCCACGCGGCUCGAUUGAUCGCCAAUUUGUUGCGGGAGUUGGGUUAUGUCCAAGGGAGUUUAGUGGAAGUGCAACGGGCCGACCUCGUGGCAGGCUAUGUGGGCCAGACGGCCCUCAAGACGAGACGAGUGAUAAAUAGAGCCAAGGGCGGCGUCCUCUUCGUCGACGAGGCUUAUAGUCUAGUCGAGGGCGACGGCGGUAAGUCAAGUGAUUUCGGACGCGAGGCCGUGCAAGAACUCAUGCGAGAUUUAACAAGUGGCGACCCGGUCGUCAUUUUAGCUGGAUACCCGAGCGAGAUGGAGGGCUUUCUGCGCGUGAACCCCGGGCUCGGCCGAAGGUUCCAGGUGCGCUUCGACUUCAAGGACUACGACGCGGCGGAGCUCGCGGCCAUCUUCGUGAAGAUUGUGGAGCGCAACGACUUUAAACUCGCGCCGGACGCGUCGCCGACGGCCAUUGAAAGUAUAUUAUCCUCAAAAUUCGCCCCUGCUCUGAGGAGAAGGUGGAACGGCGGCCUGCCCGAGGGCCUGUUCCGCCGGGCGAGGGACGCCUUAGCGAAGCGAUUGAAUGUCUUAACGAUGUCCGCGGACACGGCCUCGACGCUCGAGAAAAGGGACAUUGUGCAAGGCGCUCAAAUUCUGGCGGCGACGUUGGGCGACGCGCACGAUAGUGCACCGACACCCCCGCCGCCGCCGCGCCGAUUACCAUCGGGCUUCGAGGACAUGAUGAAGACUCUCGGCCCCGUCACCGCCAUCAACGAGCGCCUCGACCGGCUCGAGAAAGCCAUGCAACGACCGGCACCCCCUCCCGAGAACCCCUGGGCCGAUAGUAAUGCUUAGGGCUCCCACUUCGCCGGCGCGCUCGGGUGCGCUUCGCUGUUCGGCGGCACGUACGGCUCCUGGGGCUUUUGUGCGGGUUUGUCCGUGAACAGGUCCGGGUCCUUGCAGGUCAGGCAGAUGAAGACGACGCCCGUCGUUAUCGUGACGACGCCGCAGCCCAUCACUAGUACCAUAUUCGGCUUUUCGGCUAAUCCUAGUACCAUAAAGCCCACAAAUAUCAGAAACAUGCCUCUCGUCUGGGCCUUGAGCAUGAACCCGAAGUUGCGCUUGUAGACCCGCUCAAUGAGCUCGGCGGGACUGGAUUCGCUGCAGAACCUCGUGCUUUCGUACGCUACGAUAAGGGUCGCAAAAAGUAAGACAUACAAUCCUAAAAACACCUCGUCGAUCGUCGCGAUGCCCUUGUUCUCCAUGAUCGACAAGACCCCACAUGCCAUCAUGUAGGCGCAGGCGCCGAUGAUCCACACUCGUAAAAAGACGGGGAGCCACGGUGGUAGGGCCAUGGCGUCUGUGGUCUCAGCCUUGGGGCUGCCUCCGGCUCGGGGGCGUCGCUGCGGGUCCCUGCGCUGCGGCGCGUGGCCGGGUCGUGGGGCUGCUCCCGCGCGCGGCUGGAUGCCUCGAUG